GCGACUUUCAGUAUCAUUGAGUGAAUCGCAAAGGUGCCCUUUGCCAGCAUGGUCCGGUUGAUCUCACUGGGGUUGGUGGCCCUUCCUUCCAUCGCUGCGUACCGCAUUCCCCAACCAGCGGUACUCCCACGACAAGGUGUCUCCAAUUCCAGCUUCGCACCCAGUACCACACUAUCGACACAGACAGCCACCGCCAGUUCCAGCUCUAGCGCAGCUACCAUCACGACCGCACCGUUACCCAAAGUCUCAGCAAGUGGCAACGGUACCUGCCCAGUAACAUCCUACCCGGGAGACUUCCCAGAUCGCCCCUUCGCGACAUUCACGGAGACAUGUCAGUCCGCACAGUCGCGCGCAGUGUAUGACAAGUUUUAUUACCUCACGGACUCUUGCCUUGCAUCCUACUGCGAGGCACAAUGGGAUAGCACAUGGGAAAGUAUAGGCUCCGCUAGUACCACAGUAUGGACGACAAGCACACGGACAUGGUUCUCGGGUGCCUUCGGAACGGGCAGCCUGAGCACUGUUGUAGUAACCCAAGAAUAUUGGACUUCGACCUACACCUUUCCAGUUGACGCCGCUGAUCUUGUCACGGUGGAUGCCCCCUGCUGCGGGCAGUGCACAUUCGCAGACCCUACAAUACAGCUCUAUUUCUGGCCUACUGCGACCGCAGACCCGACUCCGAGUGUCACUGGUCUCCCUGAGAAUGCUACUGCCAUGGUCACAGGACUGCCGAUCGUAGAAGGAACUUAUGUCGACGAUAGUGGAUUCACCUUUACCUCACCAAGUAUUUACCUUGGUUUCACUUCGCUCACUGCGCACAAUUGGUGUGGACCUGUCGGCUCUGAAAUCUACAACACGACCAUCGCCUUCGAUCCCACUGAGAUCAGCACUAUGUUCCCACAGGUGACAAGGGCAACAUGCACCAUCACUGGGACUAGUCGAGAUGGCACGGAAUACACGACAACAGACUACGAUGUCACGACACGGACGCCAUCGCAGCUGACGGUCGCAGAUGUAGCCCAAGACUGCAGCACAAUUGACGGCUACUACUGGUUUGCCAACAAUCCUUCCAACGCCGUCGGAGAUGCUGCAGGUGACCCCUGCCACCCCGUCAUUGCGCUGCCGACGAAAGUCCAAGAACUGCAGCCAGCGUGGUCCGACUGUCUGCCUAUAUAUGGGGGUUUUUACGACCCUCCAAAGACGCUGAAGCGAGGAACUGCAUUGGUCCCAACAACGGCUUCGGAGACUUCUGACCCAACGUCAGAGCCGGAUCCUUCCCAGGCCGACCCGACAUCAUCAGUGGACCCAGAAUCGACACAGGCUGGUCCGUCCCCAUCGGAGACACCAGAUCCCACCCAGGCAGAGCCUACAUCCCAGCAGCCAGACCCGACUCAAGCGGACCCCACCUCUCCCCAAGAUCCAACUCCCAGUGCUUCCCAAACACCUGCUCCAAGCCAACCCCAGGAUCCCAGUGUAGGCGAACCAACCCCUGCUCCAGGUCCCACACAAAGCCAGGCUCCCAGCGACCCCCAACCAUCCGCACAACCGCAGCCAAGUCAGUCUCCACCCAGCGAUCCCGCGCAAGGCUCAUCCACCACAAUCGUGAUCACUCCUCCGGCAGCCAACCCGUCGUCCCCACCAAUACACAGCGCAUCCGCCCCCGUCAUCACACUCAAUCCUGUCCCAAGCCCGUCCAAUGCCGUCCCCGCUCCAAACACUCCGGCCCCAAGCCCCAGCAACGCCGGCCCUCAGAACCCUGGCUCACCAGUAUUUACACUCCAACCCACUGUCCUCCCCCCUUCGAACUCCGGAUUGCCAGGUAGCACCGUCAUCAUCAUCGGCACACAGACGCUGACCCCAGGCGGCGUCAUCACCGUCGGCGGCUCCACAUCUACUCUACCCAACGGGCAGCCCACCGUGUCAGGCGGCACUCAGCUUGUUCUCGAUCCGCAGGGCACAGCGGUUAUUAUUGGAGGAUCGUCGACGGUCAAUCUGCCUCCCGCUGCUUCACCCGAGCCCACGACUCCCGGUUCAGCUGGACCGGUGGUGGUGACGGUAGGCGAGACGACGCUGACUGCAGAUGCGAGCACGCAAUUCACGAUUGGUGAUCAGACAUUGACGGGCGGCGGGACAGUGACGGAAAGUGGAACAACGUAUGUUUUGACGACAGACGAGGGAGGAAGCACGGUGCUUAUUGCCGGAACGGCGGGAGCGAGCGUUGUAGCAAGUUUGACUGCGAGUGCGAGUGAGACUGGGUCGGCGAGCAAGACUGCAGGAUCGAGCGCGUCGACGACAGAGAAUGUGCCGCCGGCACCUACGAAUGACAGUGCGGCAGGGAGCGUCAGUGCCCGAUGGGGAUUUAUUAUGCUUGCCCUCGGCGGCUGGGCUGCUUUGAUGGUGUAGGAGGGUACAGUCUUGUGUCACAAGAUCAAGUACCGAUGCCAGGUGCUUGAGCUUCUAGCGCAGAAAUGUGGCCGAUGUUCAUGGGCAUGAUGUGAAAUGUUUAAUGUAAUGAAUAAGAUACCGCAUGGGUAUCCUACUUGAUAAGACUCUCUAUCAGAGGCGAAUUGCGUAUUGGUCUAGGACAUCGAGGCCGUGGAAUGCGCAUGUCAUUGGCAUCACAGCCCAAUGUGUGGCGGUCUGCCCUCACGGACCAAGUAGUUGUAACUCUUCGUAUAGUCGCUU